GGCGGGGCGCGGGCGCGAGCGGGCGCCUGGGCCAAUGGGAGCCGCGCUCGCCUAGGGGCCGCCCACGGGCGCGCGGCGGCAUAAAGAGCCCCGGCGGCGCUUGGGCGCAGAGCUCGCAGCUCCUCCGCGGUCUGCUGCGAACGUCCAGCUGCCGCCGCGCCGAGGGUCCCAGCGCGCCGCUCCGCCCGACCCACCGCCGCAGGCUCCCGCAUCUCCGCACAGCCGGUCUCUCAGGACUUCGCUAUCCGAUCGCCUCGGCUACCGGCACGCAGAUGGAGCUGGAGCACAUGAGGAGCGGCGGCCUCCACGCCUACCCGGCGCCGCGGGGCGGCCCGGCGGCCAAGCCCAACGUGAUCCUGCAGAUCGGUAAGUGCCGGGCCGAGAUGCUGGAGCACGUGCGCCGGACCCACCGGCACCUGCUGGCCGAGGUGUCCAAGCAGGUGGAGCGCGAGCUGAAGGGGCUGCACAGGUCGGUGGGCAAGUUGGAGAGCAACCUGGACGGCUACGUGCCCACGGGGGACUCGCAGCGCUGGAAGAAGUCCAUCAAGGCCUGCCUGUGCCGCUGCCAGGAGACCAUCGCCAACCUGGAGCGCUGGGUCAAGCGGGAGAUGCACGUGUGGCGGGAGGUCUUUUACCGGCUGGAGAGGUGGGCCGACCGGCUGGAGUCCAUGGGCGGCAAGUACCCGGUGGGCAGCGAGCCGGCCCCCCACACCGUCUCUGUGGGCGUCGGAGGUCCCGAGGGCUACUGCCAUGAGGCUGACCCCUAUGACUACACGGUCAGCCCCUACGCCAUUACCCCACCACCGGCUGCCGGGGAGGUGCCCGGGCAGGAGCCAGCGGAGGCCCAGCAGUACCCACCCUGGGGGCCUGGUGAGGAAGGGCAGCUGAGUCCCGGGGUGGACACCCAGAUCUUUGAGGACCCAAGGGAGUUCCUCAGCCACCUGGAGGAGUACCUGAGACAGGUGGGUGGCUCUGAGGAGUACUGGCUGUCACAAAUCCAGAACCAUAUGAACGGGCCAGCCAAGAAGUGGUGGGAGUUCAAGCAGGGCUCCGUGAAGAACUGGGUGCAGUUCAAGAAGGAAUUCUUGCAGUACAGCGAGGGCACGCUGUCCCGAGAGGCCAUGCAGCGCGAGCUGGACCUGCCGCAGAAGCAGGGAGAGCCGCUGGACCAGUUCCUGUGGCGCAAGCGGGACCUGUACCAGACGCUGUAUGUGGACGCCGAGGAGGAGGAGAUCAUCCAGUAUGUGGUGGGCACCCUGCAGCCCAAGCUCAAGCGCUUCCUGCGCCACCCGCUGCCCAAGACCCUGGAGCAGCUCAUCCAGAGGGGCAUGGAGGUGCAGGACGGCCUGGAGCAGGCGGCCGAGACGGCCAGCCCCCACCCGCCCACCGAGGACGAGGCGGAGGCCGUCACGCCAGCCCUCACCAGCGAGUCCGUGGCCAGUGACCGAACCCAGCCUGAGUAGAGGGCAGCCUAGGCCCCGGCUUGCCCACCACAGCCCAAUGGCCUUUGCCAGCUGGACUUUGGAGCUGGGAUGGCUCCUGAACUGGGGGGCUCUCAUCUUCCUCCAGCUGGGCACCCCCUUUGCUCGGCCUCCUAGCCCGACCUGCGCACAGACACGUCAGCCAGAUGUGGGCAGUAUCCCCUAAGCGGCAAAGGAGCCCCUCUCCAUUGCAGGGCCCCUGCCUGGUCAUCCCCCUCUGUCUGUCUGCCCCAGUCCCGAACCUGCCGGCCUGCGACCCCACCCUCCACACUCUCAGGCUUCCUCAUUCUGCUCAAUGCCUGGGCCCUCUGGGCACUCAGAAACCAAGUGUCCAGGCGGCAUGCCCAGUGUGCACCAAGCUCAAGGAACGCCCCAGGGCAGAAGCUAAGAGCAGAACCAGUGCUGUGGGAACCUCGGCUUCGGGGAGACCACCUGCCCCUGGAAGUUGCCACGCAGCUGGCUGGCACCCUCGCUGCCACACACGCCAGCUGGGGCAGUGUGGCUCCCUCCUCCUGGGGGCCAAGAAGCCAUAAUAAAUGCAGCCGCAGCCACAGCCGCAGCAACAGACCUGGUGUCCUGGUGCCUCCUGGCCCCUCAGCACCAGUGACUCACGCCAGCCCAGGAAAGGAUCGAGCUCUGCUUGAUGACUCACCCGCGGCCGGCGAGGGUCCCCCAGGGCCUGGGUCCUCGGACCCGGCUGAGGCAGCAGCCAGAGCCCUCGGAGCCAGGAGAGUGACUCCAGGUCUGAGGUUCCCACGGAGCCUCUGCGGCUGCACUGGGCAGUGCCCCCUGUCCUCCCCCUACACAGGAGGAGAGGCCUGCAGCCAGCAAGGAGGCUGCAGAGAGGAGGGCCCGACAGAGAGCCGGUGCUGAAGACGGGCCAGCGUGAGGGCCAGGGCCUGCCACUAUGCCCGCCCCGCUGGCCGCCAGCCCGCCCGCCCGCCCCCAAGGCUGCUGUGGCUGGAGCUGGGGUCUGCAACCUCUAGCCCUGUCUUGCUCCAGCUCACAACCCCCACCCAUGGUGGGGCCAUCCUCUCCUGCCAGAGCUUUACACGAGCCCUAGGGCUGAGGCCACAGACUCUGCCCCUGCUCCACGGCCCCAGCCUCAGGACAUCCCGGCAGCCUUUGCUCCUGAGGCUCAUGCAGGUUCUCUGCCAGGCCCUGGUUUUGCCCAGGCCUGGACCCCCACUUCCUCCGGCACCAACAUGGUGCUGGCUGGCCACUCGUGUCUGCAGUCCAAGCAGGCCCUGGUUGGGGGUUCUCUUUUCUGCCUAUCUACUGAAGGUUCCCAGAAAUGCAGGAUUGUCUGUAGGUGAAUCUGCCCGCCCCUCCAUCCUGUGCCCCUGCCAGUCCCUCAGAUUUUAUUUUUGCACAUAGGCCGUAACCCAUACCCACAGGAUGGCACAAGCUACAGGAGGCCCUAGGGUCCUCAAGAGAGUGUAGCCACCCCCACUCCUCAUCCCCUCACAGACCCAUCUGUGGAUGUCAGGCCAGGCUGUGUACACCCCUGCCACCUUAACCUAAAGACAGACUCUUUUGUAAGAUUUUGCUAAUAAAACACUGAAACCUCU